AUGGACGUCGCUUCGGCCAUUUCGGGAUAUGUCUCCAAGAUUGCUGGCGUCGGUGAAGGCGCCGCUGCUUCUCAGAGUCAGAAGAUGAAGAUCCUCCUGCUAGACUCCGAAACAGUUCCCAUCGUAUCAACUGCAAUCACCCAAUCCGCCCUCCUGCGAUAUCAGAUCUACCUCAUUGACCGAAUCGACAACCCGGCCCGCGAACGUAUGCGCCACCUCCGAUGUCUAUGCUUCGUCCGUCCUUCUCCCGACUCGAUCCAAUUCCUCAUCGAUGAACUGCGUGAGCCCAAGUAUGGCGAAUACAAUAUUUACUUCAGCAACAUUAUAAAGAAGUCCUCGCUGGAGAGGUUGGCCGAGGCGGAUGAUCAUGAGGUGGUAAAGGCAGUCCAGGAAUACUUUGCGGAUUACGUUGUGGUCAACCCGGACUUGAUGUCCUUGAAUCUGGGAUUCCCAAAGCAGAGACUAUGGAGCCACAGUCCAGACGUCUGGAACACUGAUGCCUUACAAAGGACGACCGAAGGGGUGGUUGCUCUUCUACUAUCACUCAAAAAGAACCCGUUGAUUCGAUACGAGAAGAACAGCCUUAUGGCGAAGAAGCUCGCCACCGAAAUCCGCUACCAGAUCACCCAAGAAGAACAGCUGUUCGACUUUCGCAAGACGGAUACUCCCCCAUUGCUUCUGAUUGUCGAUCGCAGAGACGAUCCUAUCACGCCACUGCUCACCCAGUGGACGUACCAAGCCCAGGUUCAUGAAUUACUCGGCAUCCACAACGGCCGAGUCGAUCUGAGUGCGGUUCCUGAUAUUCGCCCCGAACUCAAGGAGAUCGUCCUCUCGCAGGACCAAGAUCCAUUCUUCAAGAAGAACAUGUACCAAAACUUCGGCGAUCUGGGGGGAAGCAUCAAGGAAUAUGUCGACCAGUACCAGAGCCGAACCAAGUCCACCGCGCAGAUUGAGUCCAUAGCAGACAUGAAACGCUUUGUCGAGGACUAUCCAGAAUUCCGCAAACUGUCCGGCAACGUCUCUAAACACGUCACCCUGGUGAGCGAGCUCAGUCGACGAGUCUCGGCUGAUUCAUUGCUCGAUGUCUCGGAACUGGAGCAAAGCCUGGUCUGCAACGACAAUCAUGCUGCCGACCUAAAGACUUUACAGAGACACAUUCAAAAUCCGAGCAUUCCCGCAGACAAUAAACUUCGCCUCGUAGCCCUCUAUGCUAUCCGAUAUGAACGCAACCCUAACAACGCUCUCCCUGUUCUUCUUGACCUGUUAACAUCCGUAGCGGACGUUCCUGCGUACAAGAUCUCCAUCAUUCCCAAGCUUCUUGCUUACCAUCACAGUCUUCAGCCGGCUCCUGUUGGUGGCGCUGCCGGCUUUACCGAUCUUUUUGAUGCCGGCUCUUCUCCAUUCAGCCAAUUCCGACGCAACCUGAAUCUGAAAGGCGUGGAGAAUGUGUACACCCAGCAUUCCCCACGGCUCGAAAAUACGCUACAGAAUCUGAUCAAGGGACGGUUGAAGGAACUCCAGUACCCUUUUGUGGAUGGACAUCAUACGAGGGAUAAGCCUCAGGAUAUCAUCGUCUUCAUGGUGGGAGGUGUCACGUACGAGGAAGCCAAAAUGGUAGCCCAGGUCAAUGCUUCAAUCCCGGGCGUGCGAGUGGUGCUGGGAGGAACAAGCGUGAUCAAUUCAACAAUGUUCUUGGAAGAGGUGGAUGAUGCUGUUGGCAGCUGGCCGGACCAGGGUCCUGCAUCAGCAAGGGAAAGGCUGGGCCGAGCCGUAGGAAGGUGA